AUGUACGGCAAAGUCUCCUUCGAAGAAGCCUACGAGAUCCCUCGUCUGGCAGACCAGAGCCGCGACCAGGCAGCCUUGUACAUCGCUCCCAAGGACCUCGAUCGCUACAUGCGCCAGAUCAAGUCCAUCACCGGCGAGCGUCUCGAAGUCUCAGACGCUCAUGGCAUCGGUUACACCAUUGUCUCCUUGACUGUCCCUGGCAUUCAGGGCAUCAGCGACCCGGCUCAAGCAGAGAAGCACGCCACCGAGGUCAACGACUACAUCUCUAACGAGAUCAAGGACCACCGUGAUCGUCUCGGUGCCUUUGCAGCUCUGUCCAUGCACGACCCCAAACAAGCUGCCGAAGAGCUCCGCCGUUGUGUCAAGCUUGGCUUCCACGGCGCUCUCCUCAACGACGUCCAGCACGCAGGAAUUGAUGGCGAGACAUAUCUCUUCUACGAUCAGCCCGCCUAUGACGAAUUCUGGAAGGUCGUUGUUGAGCUUGAUGUUCCUGUGUACAUCCACCCUGCAGCACCCAUGGGCCAGUACUACCAACAGCAGUACGCUCAGCGCAAGUACCUCGUUGGUCCUCCUCUCAGCUUCGCCAACGCUGUGUCUCUGCAUCUUCUCGGUAUGAUCACCAACGGCGUCUUCGACCGCUUCCCCAAGCUCAAGAUCAUCGUUGGUCACUUGGGUGAGCACAUCCCUUUCGACUUCUGGCGCAUCAACCACUGGCUGGAAGAUGUUGAGAAGCCCCUUGCAGCCAAGGCAGGAGAUAUUAUGUGUAAGAAGACCAUUUACGAUUACUUCAAGAACAACAUCUACCUCACCACCAGCGGACACUUCUGCACUCAGACUUUGAAGUAUGUCGCUGAAUAUCUUGGCCCUGAGAGAUUGUUGUUCAGUGUCGAUUAUCCUUAUGAGACCAUUGAGAAUGGCUGUGGCUGGUGGGACGGUGAUGCUGAGAACAUCAAGAAGGCAUUGGGCGGUGAGGAGGCGUACAAGAAUGUUGGCAGGGAGAAUGCGAAGAAGUUGUUCGGUCUGGGCAAGUACCACGACUGUGAUGCAUAA